AUGAAAAAUCCAAAUGAAUUCAAACUUGACGAUUAUGAACAAUCAGCAGAAGAAUUUGAAAAAUACGUCAAUGCACUUGCAAAGAAAAAUCCUGUAAAUGCACAGAAUUCUGAGCUGAAAACUGCUGUGUCUAAUUAUCUAACUCAUUGCAGGCAUGAAGAAAGCAGUGAUAUGAUGAUACUCUCAGGGAUACUUAGAGCUCUGCGCAACUGAGGAGCUACUCCAGAGCAGAAAUCAGAAAACGACCAGCUUUAUCAAAUCCAAAGCAAAUUGGCUUUACUUUGCCAAAAACAGUCAGAAUUCAAUAUUCAGCUACAAAGGCUGAAUGGCCAAUUAUCAGCUUUAGAAGAGUUGAAAGACUUAAAAACAAGAGAAUCCUUAGGAUUUGAAAGUGAGGACGAAGUUGACCAAAGGAUCAACUCUUUAGCUUUAAAAAUUUCCCAGAAUUUGCAGGAAGGCAAAGCCUCAGAAAAUCCUCGAAAUUUCCAGGAAAUGGAAAAAUUAAAAUCACUGAGAAACAAAGCUAAAGAUGUCCAAGCAGUAAACGAAGAAAUUGAAGCUGUCCUCAAUGAAAAAUUAUCGGUGGAGUCGUUUUUGAAGGAUACUGCUGAAGACUAUAAAAGUUUGAAAGUUCGUGAAAAAUUUUUAUUAAAUAAUAGUAAUCCUUAA